AUGGGUGCCAAUGGAUCCAGCUAUCCACACUCAUGCUCCCCACGCAUAGGGGGAAGUGCACAGGCACAGCAGACUUUUAUAGGAACAUCUUCCUACUCUCAGCAGGGAUAUGGCUGGGAGUCGAAGCUGUAUAGCCUGGAGCAUGGCCAUGAGCGACCCACAGACAGGAAGAAGAAGAGUCUUGGUUUAGCAACUCUCAAACGGAGGUUCAUUAAAAGGAGGAAGUCCAGCCGCUCAGCAGACCAUGCGCGGCAAAUGCGUGAGCUUUUAUCAGGGUGGGACGUCCGUGACACAAACGCCCUGGUGGAGGAGUAUGAGGGAACUGCAGCCCUCAAGGAGCUCAGCUUCCAGGCCAGCCUGGCUCGGGCUGAGGCUCCCAGCUUGCAGCGUGAUCUCGCUGCUCUCUACCAGCACAAGUACUGCACGGAUGUAGACCUCAUCUUCCACGGUACUUGUUUCCCAGCCCACAGGGCCAUCCUCGCUGCUCGCUGCCCUUUUUUCAAAACUUUGCUUUCUUCAUCGCCUGGUUAUGGGGCAGAGGUUCUCAUGGACAUUGAAACGGCUGGAAUUGAUGUUCCCAUGUUUUCUGCCCUGCUCCAUUACUUGUACACUGGGGAAUUUGGGGUUGGGGGAUCAGAAGAUACCAGGCUGCAAAACGUGGAUGUACUUGUCCAGUUAAGUGAGGAGUUUGGCACACCCAACUCCCUGGAGGCAGAUAUGAAAGGAUUGUUUGACUACAUGUCCUAUUAUGACGCUCUGCUCAGCUUCUCCACAGACUCUGAGAUGAUAGAGAGCUGUAAUGAGAGGGGGGCUGUGGCUCCAGCACCGACAGGGGGAUCAGGAGGCAGCGGGGUCCCGGGGACCCCCGAUGAAGACCUCAGGGCGCACAAGGCAAUCCUCUCAGCACGCUCCCCUUUCUUUAGGAACCUUUUGCAGAGACGUAUUCGCACAGGGGAGGAAAUGACAGAGCGAACAUUGCAAACACCCACCCGAAUAGUGCUGGACGAGUCCAUCAUCCCACGGAAAUACGUGCAGGUUAUUCUUCACUGCAUGUACACAGAUGGCGUUGAGCUGGGACUGGUACUGCGUGGCAGCCCUUCAGCGGGCAGCCUUGGUGAGGUCCAAGCCCUUGUUUCAGGCGGCCGUGGCGCCAGUACUCGCACUGAGGAGGCCAUGGAGCUGUACCAUAUUGCUCUAUUCUUAGAGUUCAACAUGUUGGCUCAGGGCUGUGAAGACAUCAUUGUGGAAAGCUUGUCCCUGGACUCCCUCGUCCCCAUUCUCAAGUGGAGCUCCCAGCCGUACGGCUCCAAGUGGGUCCACAGGCAGGCGAUGCACUUCCUCUGCGAGGAGUUCAGUCAGGUCGUUACAUCUGACGUCCUCUAUGAGCUCAGCAAAGAGCACCUUCUCACCGCAAUUCAGUCCGACUACCUACAGGCGAGUGAACAGGACAUUCUCAAGUAUGUUGUUAAGUGGGGUGAGCAGCAGCUUAUUAAGAGGAUGGCAGACAGGGAGCCCAACCUGCUGAGCGGCACAGCCCACAGCGUUAACAAGAGGGGAGUGAAAAGGAGAGACCUUGACGUGGAGGAGCUGAAGGAGAUCCUGUCCCCCCUCCUUCCCUUUGUCCGGACUGAGCACAUCUUACCUCCUAACAGUGACGUCCUCGCUGACACGCUUAAGAGGGGUUUGAUCAGCACCCCUCCUUCAGACAUGCUGCCCACAGCCGAGGGGGGCAAGGACAAUGCCUGGUUGCGUCAGAAGAACGCAGGCAUCUAUCUGCGUCCUCGCCUCUUCUCUCCUUACGUGGAGGAGGCUAAGUCUCUGCUUGAUGAAAUGAUGGUGGAGCAGACAGAUCUGGUACGUUUGCGACUAGUUCGCAUGUCCAACGUCCCUGACACGCUCUACAUGGUGAACAAUGCUGUGCCCCAGUGCUGCCAUAUGAUCAACCACCAGCAAAUGGCAGUCAACUCAAACACCGCACCAUCAGUAGUGGCAAAUGAAAUUCCAGUGCCCCCACUGACUGUGGUGAAAGACAUGAUCCGGAGGUUGCAUGAACUGAGACACACAGAGCAGGUCCAGAGAGCUUAUGCCCUCAACUGUGGUGAAGGAGCCACGGUCAGCUAUGAGCUGCAGCUGCGGGUGCUGAGGGAGUUCGGUCUGGCAGACGGAGCAACUGAGCUGCUUCAGAACCCAUAUAAGUUCUUUCCAGAUGAGCGGUUUGGAGAUGAAAGUCCAAUUCUGGCCCUGCGCCAGGUGGGUCGCUGUCGUGUAAACAGUAGUCCUGCCAUGGACAGCAUGUUCACAGAGCUGGAAGGGGUAGCAGGCUUCCACCCACCCCUACCUCCUCCACCUCCCCCAUACCACCCCCCUGCCACACCCAGUCACGCCCAGCUCAAGGGUGCCUGGCGACCUCGUGUGCCCAUGCCGACCCCCACACGUUCCUUCUCCUACCCGUGUAACCGCACUCUGGUCCAGCGCCAUGCAGCCUCCAAGCAUGGCAGCUCAGAGUACUCCUCUGUACCCAGGUCCCAGCCCCCAGACUGCACCAACCCUCAGGCUAUGGGCCGAGCUUUGCUUUCAGACCAGCAAGCGAUGAGCAUGGAUCCUGUUAUGAGGGAGUUCAUGCCUGACAUUGCGCUUGGUGUCUCAGUCAUGUCCCUGAGGGACAGGGAUAGCCCUCACAGCCCCAUGGGCCCUUCAGGCCAUCACCUGCCACACGGGCCUUGCCCUUCCCACCUCAGCCACAGUCAUGGUCCUGGACAUGGCCACUCCUGCAAGAGACAUGCUCCUGAACCCAAGCUGGAGGCUCAAGCUGAAUUCCCUGACCUGUACGACUUUUCCUGUCGACCUCAAACGCCGACCUCCUCUCAUCCCCUGCCCUCCUUCACAGGACCAGACCUCUACAGCCACAGCUGCACCCCGUCUAGCUCCUACCCUCCUCCUUAUGUUUCGGACUGUCAGAGCCAGGGGCACUCGCAGGGACGGACUGCCACAGACUCACUACGACUGGAUGUCCUAAAUAUAAAAUCUCAAAGGCAUGACGGAGUCCUUGCCAGCCCCUUGGGGGCCCAGCCUAGGAUGGGACAUAUCCCAAAGGGGCGAUCCAAUGAAACGGACCUGACUCACGGAUUAGGCCAUUUACGGUCACCUAGUGUAAAUGUGGACAGCUACGAAGAGAGGCACAUAGGACAGCGAGAUGCCCCACAAGAAAUGGUUCUGGCUGGAGAAACAUCUGGCCCGGGGCCCCUCCAGCAGCCUCACAGAAACAGUGUCGGUGAGGAGCAUGUCAGAGACCGCAGGUCACCCAGCAAACCAGACUACCCUUACAAGAAAUCUGCACUUUAA